AUGCAGCAGCAAUUCGACGUCUUUGUGCGCUGGCGACCUCUAUCAGUCAGCGAGCCCAGGGCGAUCACCCAUAUCACUGAAAAACACCCUGCUGCCCAUUCCAUUUCCAUCUCCAGCGACCGGCCCUGGAACAGCGAGCCCGCAUUCAGGGAGAUUUUCUCCCCGGAGAGCACCAACGCGACCGUCUUCCAGCGGGUUGUUUCGCCAGUCCUGCCCCGCGUUCUGGCGGGACAAACCUGCAAUUUCUUCGCCUACGGACACUCCGGGAGCGGGAAAUCGCAUACCGUGAUCGGGUAUGAAUUCAACCAUACAGACGAAUUUGGACUAUGUCUGGCAUCCGCACGGGUUCUCUUCGAGGAGCUGGACCGGUUAAACAGCACGGAUGGCACGCAGGAAGGACGACUCGGGCUCGGACUCCGACUAUACGAACUCCGCAAGAACAUCGCCUUCGAUCUACUAAAUGAACACUGCAAAUGUCAUGUACGCGAAGGCUACGAUGGUCGCACACAUAUCCGCGGGGAGACGGAGAUGCUGGAAGACGGGAAGGUGCGGGUGCGUCCGAUUCUGACGCAAGCGUGCUGGUCAUUCGACGAGCUACGAGAGUAUCUACUUGCGGGGCUGGCGCGUCGCGCGACGGGGACGUCGACGGUGCAUGAUUUGAGUUCUCGGACGCACGCCGUGCUGGAGCUGGAGAUUGUGACGCAGGCCUUAUUGGAUGCAAGGGAGGCGGUGGUGGAGAGACAGUCGGAAUUGGUUCCCGUUGCGAAGCGAGCGACUGAUAUCUAUCUGGAGGAGAAUAUCAUGGGAUAUAUCCAGAGCAGCGAUGGGAAAUAUGCCCCGAACCCGGACUACCGGAUUGAUCAGACGCGGAUCGACGAAGCCGAGGCGAAGAAGGCCGAGUUUGAAGCCUACGUCCAGCAAGCGGAGGACCACGUCACGACGGUGUCCAAGGAAUGUCCCCAUGCGUGUCUGGGGGGAAAAUUCGUCUUCGUCGAUCUCGCCGGGUCUGAAUAUUACCACGACAAGACCAAGACGGCGGAGACCCGUCCGAAGCAGACACCGCAAGAGCAGCAGGAGGGACGGCAGAUCAAUACCGAUCUGCUGGCGUUGAAGGAGGUGAUUCGGGCACGCGCGUUGAAGCAGGCACGCGUACCGUUUCGGUCGUCGCCCUUGACGAUGGUGAUGCGCGAGCAUUUCCAGCCCGCGGGGACGGAUAGCUACUCGGCCAUGAUUUUGACAGCGUCGCCGUCGACGACGCAGUUAUCCGCGACGGUGAAUACGUUGAAGUACGGGAAUUUGGUGGGUGCGGCAGGGAAGAAGACCAAGUCUGUACGGUGA